GCCAAAAUAAGCUUAUCAAUAUUCAUCAGUACACUUAAAAGUAGCCCUGGAGAUAUUUAUGGGACAUAAAUAUCUAGAGCUGGAUAUGGAAGGAAUUAUCAAUUAGUAUCUCUUACACUGAUGAAUUGACUUCGAAUCAUUGAAGCAGAAAAUAUCCUAGGAAUUAAACUCCAUUUCUGAAGCCUCCGAAAUUGGUUUUUCCCUCAUCUAAAAUGGAAAAUGAAGAAGAAACACCACCAUUAAUUCUAAGUGAUUGGGUGGAAAUUCAAUCGGCAUUCUCCAGCGACGAAUCUCAUCACGGGUACGAAAACGAAAACGAAAACCCAGUGGUCAUCAACGAAUACUUCUUCGUCAAUGACUCUGCAGUGUUUCCCCCAAGCCAUCAUGAGGACUUGCCGAUUGAUUCCUUAAAUCAGGCUGAAGAAGAAGAAGAACAACAAUCCCGAGCCCUCCUCCUUCCAUCCUCUUCCGGUGUUGAAAAGGAAGCCGGAAAAUGGAUAAGUAGGGAUGCUCUGACUCCGAGGUUCUUCAGCUCUGUAAUUGGUAAAUUCUUUUCAGGGAUGUCAAAAAAAUGUGGCGCUUUCAGGGCGAGCGUAUGGUGGUUUGGUACGGCGACAACCGGAGUCGGUGCUCUGGCGUUGGUGGUGGUGUUGUGCAGGAGAGCGAAGCGGUGGCGUCGUAAGAAAGUGCUGCCGCCGGCAGCUGAUACCAACCAGCAUCUCAUGCUCCUGAUUCAAUCAAAAGACCAGAAAAUCAGUCAGCUAUUACUCCAAGUUUCACAGCUUAACGAUAUGUUAUUGGCGCGGAGGAGAGUUCCAGUUCUUCAAGUUGGUUAACAUUUCGGCGAAUUUCAUCAGCGCAAUGGUCAUUAAUCGGUGUUACCAUCAAACUUAUUUUGUAAUUAGUUCCUCAUAUAUAUAUAGUUUGAGAAUAGGCGUUACGUCUCAUAAGCAUCGAAUGGUAAUGUGAAAUUGUGAAUGAAGUUCAUGAGUCGGUUCAUGUUUGGAACUCUUCGCAACUUUUUCAUUCCAUUCCCUUUUGAAAAUUCUGGAAAAUGUAAACACGUUCUCUCGCAUUAUAUAUUUGUUGUUAUUUAAUACCCACUCUAUUUCAAAUUGUA